UAUAGUAAAUCCAAUUAGUCAGUUGCUCAGCCACUGUUUGUCCAGAACCAUCGUACGCCCGUCCGGUGUCGCGUUUUAGUGAAUUUUUGUCUGCGUAAAUCGUAACAUCCCCACAGAUAACCGAAAAUGUGUGACGACGAUGUUGCCGCGCUGGUCGUAGACAAUGGAUCCGGUAUGUGCAAGGCCGGCUUCGCCGGGGACGAUGCGCCACGUGCCGUGUUCCCGUCGAUUGUGGGUCGUCCCCGGCAUCAGGGCGUGAUGGUCGGCAUGGGACAGAAGGACUCGUACGUCGGCGAUGAGGCCCAGAGCAAGCGAGGUAUCCUGACGCUGAAGUACCCGAUCGAGCACGGUAUCAUCACGAACUGGGACGAUAUGGAGAAGAUCUGGCACCACACGUUCUACAACGAGCUGCGCGUAGCUCCGGAAGAGCACCCGGUCCUGCUGACAGAGGCCCCGCUCAACCCGAAAGCGAACCGUGAGAAGAUGACGCAGAUCAUGUUCGAAACGUUCAACUCGCCGGCUAUGUAUGUGGCCAUUCAGGCUGUGCUGUCGCUGUACGCUUCUGGCCGUACCACUGGUAUUGUGCUGGACUCUGGUGAUGGUGUGUCGCACACGGUACCCAUCUACGAAGGUUACGCUCUCCCGCACGCCAUCCUGCGUCUGGAUUUGGCCGGUCGCGAUCUGACCGACUACCUGAUGAAGAUCCUGACCGAGCGGGGCUACUCGUUCACUACCACCGCUGAGCGAGAAAUUGUGCGUGACAUCAAGGAGAAGCUGUGCUACGUUGCGCUGGACUUUGAGCAGGAGAUGGCAACUGCCGCUGCCUCGACUGCGCUGGAGAAGUCGUACGAACUGCCCGAUGGACAGGUGAUAACCAUCGGUAACGAGCGGUUCCGUUGUCCCGAGUCGCUGUUCCAGCCCUCCUUCCUGGGUAUGGAAUCGUGCGGCAUCCACGAAACCGUCUACAACUCGAUCAUGAAGUGCGACGUGGACAUCCGCAAGGACCUGUACGCGAACAUCGUCAUGUCGGGCGGUACCACCAUGUACCCGGGUAUUGCCGAUCGCAUGCAGAAGGAGAUUACCGCCCUGGCACCGUCCACCAUCAAGAUCAAGAUCAUUGCCCCACCGGAGCGCAAGUACUCGGUCUGGAUCGGUGGCUCCAUCCUGGCGUCCCUGUCCACCUUCCAGCAGAUGUGGAUCUCGAAGCAGGAGUACGACGAGUCUGGCCCGGGCAUUGUCCACCGCAAGUGCUUCUAAGCUAGCAGAGUCAUCGAAGUCGUGGGAUAACGGGGUGUAGCCUGAAUUGAUGAGGGAUAUUAAUUGGAGGCAAACACUAACAGCGCUACACAAAUUACCAGACACACAUACAGACACAGGUAGUCGUUAAGCAUUAGUGCGCAUCGUGUUGCACGAGGCCUUACCCCCAACCCGAACCCUUCUUGGCCAAGCCAAAUGAUAAAUGCCAUCUUCCAGAAUCUCCAAGAAUUCGAACCCCCCACCCCCUCCCUCACUUUCACUAGUCAUUGAUAUGUAUUUCGUUGCCAAAAUUCGAUUCCACCCGAAGGAACACACCAAGUUGCUAGAAAAGGAAGGUACUGACGUAUAGCAUUCAAGAGGAGUGCAAACAGUGCGAAGACUGCCGCUUUUAACCGUGAAAAAGAAACACUGUUCGUGAACAUGUGCCGGACGCGGUAUUAUUUGUUCGACUCAUCAAACUGUUUUCUAUUAAUUAAUGAUCGUGCUCGAGGAGAGAUAAAUUAUACUCUUAUUUUAAUUUACGACGUUUACACGGUACCAAAGCUAUACAAAUAAAUUAUUAAGCGAAUGUUUAAGGA